AUGUCCUGCGCUGGGGUGCCCCAGUCGGCCAUAAAGUGCACUCGUAGUUCUUGGACGCCGUUAAAUGAUGAAGAAUAUAGAAGAAAGGUAAUGGUCAUAGCUUUUUGUUUUAUGGUUUAGCUCGCACAUGAGCGUUCGCUCCUUAUCUUGAAGUGGGUAAGUCAGCCACCAAUGAUAGGUCCACCUGUUCUAACGCGUAUGCAGUUUCAGCUUUGGCCAGAUGAUGAAAAAGCUAGUUUUCUACUAAAAAUGCUAGCACUUUGCUCUUUGAAAGAAAAGAGGAGAAUUGUGGAUGAGAUACAUCGACAGAUCCCACAAAAGCACGUGGACUUUACGCGCUACCUCCCGCGAGUGCUAUCCUUGUAUGUGCUGUCGUUUCUUGAUCCCAGAAGCCUCUGCAGGACUGCACAGGUAAAACCCGCUCAUAUUGUGUUUAUUUACCGUUGAAGACAGAGAAUUGUACCAUAAACAAACUGUAGGCAAAUGUUAGCUUUUGGGGAGCAAUAAAUUUGACGUUUCACAAACACUGCAGUACAUACAGAAUUUAUGGACUAAAAUAACCCUCCCAAUACUCGCCGACAUAUAGGGUCAUAGUAAGAUCCUCCUUCUGUCAGUGAUGCUAUUCAUGCUUUGGCGAAGCAGCAUGUUGCACUGGUUUAACACGCGCGUCGCCCGGACUUACCAGCCGCGUGUUUUUUAGGUAUGAGCUAAGACAAGCACCCGCUCUGUAAUUGAAGUUGUUAAGUUUUCAUCAAAAAAUAACUGUGAGGAAGGAAACGCUCAGCAGCUGUCCAUGCAUCCGAAGGAUAUAUAAGUUUGUAAAGUUUUAGGGUGUUCGCUAUCGAAAAUUCUGACUUCGAUAAAACUACUUAAAGGAUGCGUUACAAGGCAGUUUUGCUAAAUACAUAAUGAGCGGGAUUAACGUCUACAGGAAACGUAUGACACUGCUUGAAAACCAUUAGUUUAUCCCGUCCAUUUAUUUAGACAACUAACUAGAUAAUUUUAAAGAGAAAAACUUGACUUUUGCAUUUAUUUGUUGUCAAACCAGUUUUUCUUUGGGAGAUCAUAGACUAGCCACCUUAUGAGACUCAAGCAUUUGCAUGUCUCAAAAUAGAGGGAAACGCCUGAAGACAGUUGAAAGUUUAUUCAUUCCAGUCAUCAUCUCUUAUCAAAUAACCAGUUCUUAGCAUCACACACUAACGUGUUUGCCAAUGUUUCUUGAGAAAAUGUCGACUUAAAACUUAGCGAAGAUAAAAAAGACUUGAUUAAAUAACUGCCUGCCACUUGACUAUAUAAAGGUUUGCUGGAAUUGGAAAUAUCUUUCGGAGUCAAAUGAGAUAUGGAUGAAGAAAUGCCUCAAAUUGGGCUGGAAUUUACCAAAUGCAUUUGUGGCAAUUGAACAUGGAGCCUACAAGAAGCUGUACAUAAACAACAUGCAUUAUCUUCGAAUUGUAGGACCUGUUCAGGUUCGUGAACUUUUUAAAAUGCACAUAAUGUUGAAAAAGUAUCAGUAUAUCAAUUACAUCUAAUUCUCUCAGUGAUCCUUGUGUACUUAAAUUCGUGAAAAACAAAAUAACCAUCUAAUAGUAAUAAUUAUUAUACUUAGCAAAAUUGGGACGUAUCGAGUAGCUGCUAUGCUCAUUGGUGUGGAAACAUUAAUUCGAGCAUAUGAAUUUUCAUAUAAAGAUUGACUAGGCAAACGUAAAACGUAUUGUCAUUGUGACGAAAAUAACCUAACACGACAUUUUGAAAAAAUAAUCGUUCAUGGUUCAUUCUUCCGAAUAUAAGGUUGCGCUUACAAAGCACAGCUGGACGAGUGUGUUCCCAACGCAAUGUGCGCCCCUCUACCACCGUUAAUACAUCGGAUCGCGACCGAUACGACAAGCACCUGACUCUGGUUAGGGCGCUGGAAGGGUGCUUGCGGGCAGGUUGAUGACAGCUAACAGGCCAAAAAGGCCGUUCCAGUCUCCCUGUUCUUUGUCGGUAAUGUUGUCCCGAACGGCACGUAAUCCAUUAGCAUGCUCUGAACUACAUACGGACAAAGUAGAACUUCUAUACUUUCACAAUAAAGUAGAAAGUAGAAAAUUAUACUAUGGCUAAGAUAAAGCAUGCUCUCAUGACUGGGAACUAUGAGUUUAGAUAUUAUGGACUUAAGCGCAUCUUGGUUUUUCAGCCAUCGGUUUUACCGUUUUCAUGGCCGUCUCUUAUCACUUAUGAGUAUUUUUCUUCCCCAAGUGAUUAUCGUGUCUAAGUGAAAUAUCUUUAAACUAGCUAGCGCAUACUUACUGACCAAAAUCCCGUAUUCACGUAGACUCGGGCUGUUAACUAUUACAGUGGAUAGUGUUUCAGAUAGCCUUUACACUUACAGAUUUUUCGAGUAAGACGACGCGUAGGUAUAGGGCGAAAUGGUUUUCUGUACUUCGGCUCCCAGAUUUGGUCUGAUUUGGGUGGCGAAAUAGCAACUGUCCUAGACCCGCUGUUAAAACACAUGUUUCUUCUGACUUACUGCUCGGAUUGGAGUUUUAUACUCGAACCUAUAAGCAAUCCUAUCAUUAGAAAUCGUGGGACUCUUGUGUACAAACCCCUCCGUUCAGCCGAAAAAAAUUAUCUGUGGCUCCAGUUAGUUGCAGGCCAAAACUCAUUGGCUCACAAAAUACGAGAAAUAAUUCGCUGAGACUGAUUCAUACUUAACCAAGAUCUCUCAAAGGUGUUUUUGCAUCUGGUCCACUGUGGAGUAAAGGAAGAUUUAUAAUAAAACACUACUUUAUCCGCAGGUCAAGAAACAAAAUAGGGCAGGCGCCAUCCCCAGACAAUAAGGAUAGGCCACAGCCAACGACCUCAGUAAAAACUGGGUCUAUUCCGUAAUCCCGCAAGUCAACUUUUGUGGAAUAUAUAGUACAGUGAAAGGCAAGGAUUCGCAAGGCAGUGUUUGUCGGCUACACUCGUAUUUUAUGGAUAGUAAAUGAGGUUAAAUAAUGUAAUGCUUUCACGAUAAAAGCGCUAGUAAAUUACUUCACAUAGGUCUGCUGCGACAGCCACUGGUAUUUCAUUUUUAGCUAAAUCAUGCACCCAUGGUGCUAGUGUAUCAAUUGUCAAAAAUGAUUAAAGCAACUAAGUCUGUUUCAGAAGACUUUUUUGCCAAAUCCAGCAACAGAAUUAAGGUUCAUCACAAACAUCAAUAUCUUGUUGACGAUUAUAAACACACUGAGAGGAACAGUGAUGUACUUUCUGACAGAUUGCAGCCGCGCGGCAGGCCGUUCGCCUUGCCAUUGAAGAGGAGAGGAAGACACAGGAGGCACAGCAGGCACUGGAACGUGAGAAGCAAAAGGUAGCAGCGAAGCGCGCAGCCCAACGAGAAGCCAGGGUCGCGGAACAAAAGACCGCUCGGUCGUUGCCCUGGCUCGGACCGAGCCCCAGACCUCAAGAAACUCGGCGCUUUAACUGCCUGGAAAAUGAAGAUCUGCCUUUAAAGAGGGCCAGUCAACUGACCUCGAGAUCGGCUGAGAAGUGAGAGUUCCAAAUUUACUAACUUACUGCUAUUACCUUUUACGUACUGCCAUUAUCGACAUUAUCAUCAUCAUCAUCAUCAUCAUCAUCAUCAUAAUCAUCAUCAUCAUCAUCAUCAUCAUCAUCAUCAUCAUCAUCAUCAUCAUCAUCAUCAUCAUCAUCAUCAUCGUCAUCAUCAUCAUCAUCAUCACCACCACCACCACCACCAUCAUCAUCAUCAUCAUCACCACCAUCACCAUCAUUAUCCAUCAGCUGCAGCACCAGCAGAAUCAUGUGCAGCAGUGAAAUCUUAAUUGCCAUCGACGACAUUAACAAGAUAGUAAUUGGCGCUGCAACAACAGUCACUUGAACGCGAACAAAAACAUCAAAGAUCACCAGUAUCAUAUCGAGACGAUGACCUCCACCCCUGGUCAUCAUUUUGAGGUGGCAGGAUAUGUAAAUUCGAUACAAAUAAACUAUGCGCUUUAAUGAAUCAUAAGAGCGUAAUUCUAGAAAAGCAGGUAGACUUGCUCCAGUUUCGCACACAUAAUUUAUAAUAAAUGUACUUCCUGAUUAGGAAUCGACCCAUGGGUUCGCUGAAAGAGUGAGCCGCAUGAUCACUCUCCUGACACAUUUGUGCACAAAGCGAAUACACAUAAGCCAGAAGAACAUGGUUCAAUAUAAAAAAUAUAGCAAAUAUUUGUCAAAAAACUCGAGUGUAUAAGCAGACAAUUUAGCAUAAAAUCAACAAGUAGUAAUACAUUCGUUCCCUUGCUGUUAACUACGGAACUCACGUAGUAGAACACAAACUUUCCGUGGGACAAGCCCCCAAUUUGCAAAAUCUGCACCCGAGAAAAAACAGUUACUAACUGUUAUAAAUCCUUUGACAAACGACCUGAUUAAAAUCAUUGUCAGUACCGAGAACACUGCUGAUGCCUCAGGAGCGGAAUAUCUUCCAAACUCCCCCUUCUCUAGGUUAGGUCUUUUCUUGUCUGAUUCUGUAAGUCAAAUGGUUGCUCUUAAUCUGCCUUACCAAAUCCCGUGUCAUCAUCCGUUACUUGUCGUUGCUUCAGUCUUAAACCCUGCACCGUCGAGCAGUCAUUCCAUGUGAUUUUAAUUCCUCAGUCCUUGCUGCUGUUCACCCAGAGCGUAUUGUACACCCUCCGGUGGUUUAGUUAGGUAGAAGUCAGUAUCUUGCACGUUCCAGGUCAUACACGCAUGCCAUGUAGCUCUUUAGUAAAAUUGCGUUAUACCCAAAACGCCCCGAUUGGCUGGUUGCGUCCUAUUGAAAGGGACACGUAUAAAAAUGACUGCCUCGGUUUCUUACUUGCUCAGCUUUCGCAGCACUGACAACGCAGUCCGAGUUCGCUCACGUCCGCGCUCGGCGGCUGGCAGGCACCCGGCAGCCCAACAAAUACCGCCGCAGCGCAAGGCCUCCACCGUGGCAAUGGCGGUCACCGCAAGACUCUUUAAGGACGCCAAGGAACGUCAGGAGUCGCCCACGCGCCGGCGGGUUGACGCCCCAGCGCCCAUUCUGGACAUCAUCCGCGACGUGGACAGCAUUUGUCGCGAUGAGCAGAGGAGACGUCUCUCACAACGCAGAUCCCCCAAGUUCGGGGCCCUCCAACCCCCCGAAACAGCCUCAACGAUUAGCGCAAGGGACUCCUUUGUCAUUGGUCCGGCGCCCCGAUCAGGUCGACGUGAAGCCACUAUCAGGCACCCGUCAACAGCCAGUCCGGGUGCCAUAUCUCAACUGACGUCGGAGGUGGGUCUUAAGUUUCUCUCACCACGAAAUACCACAUCACCCGGUUUUUAA